UGAUUCCUUCUUUCUCUUUCAUUUUUCAAGACAGACAUGUUGUUGAUUUUCUCCUUCUUAAAUACCCUUCCUUAUCACUACUGUUUUAUUGCCAACUUCUCAAACUUCACAAUUUCUAAAGCAAAAAUAACAACUAUGGCAUUCUUGUCUAAGCUCUCUGUUCUUGUUCUGAAUUUGUGUUUUUGGGCUAAUUUCAUAGUGUUUGUGGUUUCUCAGCCUUCUGCUCUGAACAUGGUGGAACAAGAAGCAGUGUACAAUGUUCUUGAGUCCAUCAACUCUGAUGUUUCUUGGCGUUCUCUUUUCCCUGAUGACUUGUGUUCCUCUUCCCCACAUGGGGUUCUUUGUGACUACUCUAUCUCCACUACAACAUCAUUUACUGCUCAUGUAACUGAGAUUAGUCUUGGUUAUGUCUCAGAUUAUGCUCCUAAUCCACCUUGUACUCCUAAAAGCACACUCAAUGCUUCCCUUUUUGCCCCUUUUACUUACCUUAGAAAGAUCUUUGUCUACAGAUGUUUUACUGAAAAUGAGGUUUCUUUUCUUGACUUUGGAUCUUUGCCUUCUUCUGUGGAGGAGCUGGUUUUCAUGGAAAAUCCGGCUCUUGUUGGUUCUUUAAGUGAAAAAGUUGGGAACUUGUCGAGUUUGAGGAGGUUGGUUUUGAGUGGAAGUGCUGUUUCUGGGGAAAUCCCAGAUGGUUUUGGUGGUUUGUUCAACUUAGAGCAGCUGACACUAUCAAGAAGCAAGAUUGGUGGUGAAAUUCCAGUGGGGUUGAAGACACUAAAGAAACUCAAGGUUCUUGAUUUGAGUCAAAAUGAGCUUGAAGAUAGUGUUCCUGAGCCUAUAGGAAAUUUGACUCAACUUUUGAAACUUGACUUGAGCUAUAACAAGCUUUCUGGGAAAAUCCCUCAAAGUUUGAAGGGUUUGAAGAAUUUGGAGUUUUUGGACUUGAGUUAUAAUCGCUUUUCCAAUUCUGGGGUUCCAUUGUUUUUGGCAGAGAUGCCUAGUUUGAAGGAAGUGUACCUGAGUGGAAACUUUCUUGGAGGACAAAUUCCAGAAAUAUGGGAGAAUCUUGAGGGUAUUGUGGGGCUGGGAUUAUCAAGAACAGGAUUAAUUGGGAAUAUUCCUGUUUCCAUAGGGGUGUACUUGAAAAAUAUAUGUUAUUUGGGGCUUGAUAAUAAUAAGUUGGAGGGAACAUUGCCUGAAGAGUUUGGGGUAUUGGAAUAUGUGAAUGAGUUGCAUUUGGAGAACAACAAUUUGAGUGGGAGACUUCCAUUCUCUCCAAAAUUUGUCUCCAAAAUUGGAGAAAAGUUGAAGUUGGAAGGCAAUCCUCAACUCUGUGCAGAUGAAGGCUUGAGAAUUCCUAAUGUUAGUGUUAGCUUGAGGCUACUAAAAAUGUGCAACAAUGCUGUUGGUCUCAAGUCUGUCCCAUUCUCUGGGGCAUCUUUAGUUCUGUUGCAUGCUUCCCAUAUUGUCAUUUUUCUUGGAAUUUUGUUUCUCCUGUGCUAGUAGACAAUCUUGGACAUAUACUGACUAAUGACUUUUAAGUAUAGGGAAAUUUUGGACUGUGUUCUGAUAGCAUUUGUUGAUAGAAACUUGACUUUUAGAAGAGUUUUUUUUCUGCAUUUUUCCUGUUCUGUGUUCACAAGGAGAAAGAAGCUAAGUGGUGUAAUUAUAAGUUAAAGGAAAAAUCAUAUAGCAGCA